UUUUUUUGAAAGAAUGCCUUGUACAAGUUGUAUGGUUGACUACUCUAGAAGUAAAAAAGAGUUUGGGUGUGCGAAAUGUAAAUUCAGUUUUUGUCGUAAAUGUCUUCCUUAUGAUGUGGUGAUACCUUCAAUUUCGGCACAACCUGUUCCUGUUUGUUCAAAUUGUUAUUCUUUAUUGAAUCAACAACAACAAAAUUUUGAAUUAUCAAAAGACAAAAAUCGCGAAAUGCCUUCAAACAUAAAUUGCUGGGAUGGAGAAGAUUUACCCCCUCCUUCAUUAAGACCUCUAUUUUCUUCCAACAAAACUUUAAAACAACAUUUAAAAUCAAACAAAAAUGAGUGGAAAGAAUUGGAAGAAAGGCUGGAAAGAUUGAAUGAACCUAUUGAAUCUGUUAAAGAAGAAAAAAAGAAAAUUCAAGGAAUUGGACAAUUAGAAGAAAGAUUGGCUGCUUUGCGGGGAGUGGAUGUUGAUAUUAUUAGAAGGCCGGGAUUGCUUGUAGUAAAUCAAGAUGAAGGUCAAACAAAUGUUGAUGAUGAAUGUUAUGAAAACGAGGCUCUAAAAUUAUUGAAUGAGGCGGAACAUUCACUUCAAAUAGGUAAACGAUUGCCUUCUUCUACUUCCAAUCUUCACAAUAAUUCUGCUCCGAAUAAUAAUUUAAAAUCUUCUGGUUCAAAUCAGGAUUGUUCUUCGAUAAAUUCUUCGGUUAUAAAUGAGACAAUAGCACAAAUAACAGCAUCUAAGAAGAAUGAGAACAGCACUAGUAGUAUAAGCAGUUUGGAUCAACAAAGUUUAUAUCCUAAUCUUGAAGAUUGUGUGAGAAAAACUUUGGAGGACGCUAAAAACGCAGAAAAUGAAGCAGUUGAAUUCCUUCGCUCGCACGGACAACAACAAUCAUCGAAUAAUGAGGAAAACGAAAAUAACAGAAAUACUGGGGAACAACAAACAAAUAAUCAACAAAAACAUAAAAAUCAAAAUUUACAAAAACUUUAUUCAUUUUUUAAAAAACCUUUAUUUCGUUAAUUUAUGUAGAAUUUUUUAAUGUUCUAAGUUAAAAGAAGUGUAAAAAUAAAAAUUAACCAUGGCUAAAAAUAAUGUAUUGGCAAAAUUUGUUAAUGAAAUCAAGUAUGGACCCAGUCCCAUGAGAAUGAUGAACUUGGCGUUUUUUUUCUCCCUGUCUCCGCAUUUCCUCACCCCUGGCCCCGAUUUCCACUUUUUUUUACUUUCGCCUUUUAAAAUCACUUUCGGCACACCCCUACACUCAACAAGC